UCUGUGCCCACCAAAAGCCAUCCUGUGAUCAUUGUCUGUAAAGGUGUUUAUCUUCCCUCUUGCUUUCAUUUCAGAAAAGUGAUCUCACAGAGGCUAAGGAAUGAAUUUCCUUAAGUCACUAGAAGCUAAGCAUCGGACACAGUGAAAUAUUAGUGUUUGCUUUUUCAUUUAAAUGCUAUGUGCAGGCAACACCCUUAUUUACCCUCUAAAGCUUUUGCAACAGCAACACAUAAAACCAUAGCAACAAAGCUGAAUGAUUGCAACCUCCGCCUGGCCAUGAUUUCUCUACCCCUGCAGCCUGAGGACUGCACAGAGCAGUGCGUUUCUUGGCAGGGUGGCAGGUGCCAGUAUCUCCAUUGCAAUGCAGUCCCGGCACCAGACACAGUCAAAGUUUGGGACCCGACUUGUUCUGCCUGGUUGGGUUUUUCCAAGCAUUCAGGGUUGAGAAACUGCUUAGGCUGGAAUCUCUCACCGCCGAAUGCAUCCUGAUGAAAUACAGUCUGUUCUCAGAAACACAAAGGGUUUUCCUCACAACCUUGCUUAUGCUUGUACUGCUUACCAAAAUAUGGUUAAAAUUCACUUUCCUUCUGAAUGCUUUUCCUCUCAUUUCAGUGAUGACUGGAAAACGUUGCUUUCUAAAACAUGUUUUUAUUUAGUCACAAAGGACCAUUCCAGGUGCACUGCUCCACUGUCUGCACUCUUUUCAUCGUUUCUAUACAAGGUAUUAAGGACAGUGCAUCCUGAUGUGGGUCUCUGACAUGACAAGGGAGCGAUCUUCAGACAUGGAGUUAUUCUAAUAUUUAGAGACAGAUUUUUACCAGCUAUGAACAUUUUGGGGACAGCCUGUCAAGAUCCCUCUGAUUAGUAGCCAACCUACCAGCAGAUCAGCAGUUCCUCUUGUCUGGCACCCAUGCCAGAUCCUAUGUAAAGGGAUGGGGGUUAAUACUUUCGCAAAUGUACCCGAAGUGUUAUAACAGGUGAUCAAACUGUGUAACACUCCAUUAAGUCUCGGGGUCUCUCAGAAAAACAGAAUACCCCAACCGUUGAACCUGCAAAUGUAUUUACCAUUGAGCAGAAAAAGGACCAAGAAAAUAGGCUAAGGAUGAAACCUAAACGCUGCUCCCUGAAAGAUGGAAGAACAGCUUCAUAAGAAAUAAACAACUGCAACAGGAUUUCCUCACUUAAAAAGAAAACUCAACCUGUACAGGGCAAGACAUCAAAACUCCCAGUUGUGAUGAAAACCAUAUCCGUGAGGGGAAAUGAUGUACAAAUCCUAACUCCCUUACUCUGGGAAAGAAAAUAACAUCCAUCAUGCAUGGGGUGAAUGCAGAAAGAAAUGAAACCAUAAUGAUUCGCUUAGAGGAAUGGCAAACAGCGGCAGAAGAGUUUGAUGUUCGAGAGGUGGAAACCAAAGCUCCUGAAGAGGUGGUAGCUUACACAUGCUGACCCACUGCAGAGGCCCAGCACAAGAAUGCAAGAAACAGGUAAGAGGGCUGGAAGCAUAGCUGCAAAACAAAAAAUAAAGAGGUGGCAUCUUUAAUUACCAACAUUGGUAUGACAAAUGAGGAGGAGCUGGAAAAUGUCCCGAGAUACAGUAAAAAUUGGAUUACAAAAAACAAAUCAACAUAAAGAAACAGUUCAAACUUAAUUAAUAGACGUGAUCUUGAGUAAUCUUAAGAGAAAAGGUUCCAGCAGUCACAGUUAAAGCCAAACUAUAAAAACCUAGUGGCCUUGGUAGGUCUUUUUGUUUUACAGGGUGAUCAACUGACAGACAACAACUUGAAAAGCAGCAGCCAGACCCAGGGACAGAACUGUUGAUUUCACUAAUGUUCUUUUAAGCAAAUGUGUAAAUACCAGAAGGAAUCAAGGAGGCCUAUCAUGAAGGUAAAAAGUUUAAAGCAGUGGGGAAACUAAUCAAAUGCUAUCAGCAGUCUAAGUAUCAGUAGUUGGCAGUAUAGCGUAUCAGUUGUUAAAGGCUGAGAAGAUUGUGGGUUAAGUCUGUGUAUACAAAGGUGUGAGGUCUAAAAGGCACAGUGAAUAGUACCAUAUUAUGAUUUAACCAGAACAGAAGAAAUACCGAAGGAAAAUUACAUAGGUAUAUAUGAGAGGAUACUCAUACCUCUCCAAUAACCACACUUAACAGCUAUAUUCUUUUGUUUCUAAGAAUUAACCCUAUAGAAGUCAUGAUCCUAAGUAAUGAACCCUGUAAUUUGUUAAUUAUGUAUGGUUACUUUAAAGAAAAGAAAGGAAAAAGAAGACGGCAAAAGCUGUGAGUAAAUAUAUCAGCUGCUGAUCUAAAAUAAAGUGUAAAGUUCAUCUGUUUAUUGCAGAGAAUACAGGGAAACUGGAUGAAGAACUGGAAAAAAAGUGACUGAGUAUACUGGAAGCUCCUGUGAAGGGAAGUGUCUGGGGAACAAAGAUCACUAUUAAUAACAAUCUCCUGUUAAUCUUAUCUUCUACAGGAAACAGAAAAUUGAGGACCCCAUUCCAAUCCUAUAGAUACCGAUCUGUGUGUGUUAUGCAUAUGCAUGUUUGUGUUUAUUUAGGAGUAUCCCUUUAUGUGUUUACAACAGGUAUUGCAAAAUGUUGGGAGAGGUGAAUUACUAAUGAACUCACACAAACCCUCCUAUGAGAUCUGGGUCUAAUCUCAGGAUCUUCAGUAUGUCUGCUACCUUCUUCACCAUCUCACCAGUAAGACUAACAAGGGAUUUGUAAAAUAGUCAGCAAUGCGAAACAGUUAACACUGCUGAACAGUCACAGAAGUGCUAUCAAUCGCAGUUGUGAACAAUUGAAUAUCACUCAGUUCUGAGCCUACUGUACAUCUAAAAGGAAAAUGUUUUCCCUGCGUGGUGGCUUCAAGACCACAGGGCUGCUACAUGUGAAAAUACAUCCAAUUGUAAUGUUGUUUAUACUAAUUGUUAAAUAUUGUGCAUGUUUACAUGUGGUGCACCUCCUGCUGAUGAAAACACCCUGUCCCAGGAUGGACCCACCUGCUCCACAACACAGAUAUUGCCACAGCACUGAUUCAUCAGUGAAUGGUCAGUUGCUGCGAUGGGGCUGGCAGAUGGGUGUUAAAGUGCUUAUCUCCUUGGUUCUUACAUGAAGCCCAGCAUCCAGGUCUGCUAUAGGUUGUAAUUUACUCUAUCUUGCCCAUGACAGUGGUCCAGCUAGUUCUGGAGUCCACACAUCUGGUCCAUAUCUCUCCAAUCUGGCUAUAAGCAUAUUAUGAGAGACCAUGUUGAAACCUUGCUAAAGUGAAGGUAAACCACCACUACCACUCUGCCUUCAUCCACUGACACAUCCUCCCAUCACCCCGCAAUAGAAAACAAUCAGCUUGAUCAGGCAUAAUUUGCCCUUGGUAAAUCUAUGCUGGCUGAUUCCAAUCACGUUUUGUUCUUCACAUGCCUGAUAGUGGCUUCCAGAAGUAUUUGUCCCUUAAUCGUCACAUGGUUUGAGGUGUGUUUGAUCAUCCUUCAGCUUCCUGGGCCAUCAUUGCCCUUCUCAAGGAUGAGCAUGAUAUUUGCCUUUUUCCAGUCACCACGGACUCUUCCUGAUUGCCAUGACCUAGCUAUUCUUGGGGUAGAAACUAGCUUAAUAUUAAUCUUCAUUUGGGACACCAAUAUUAAGGCAGUCACUUUUCCUGCCCCAAAAAUUUGUCUGCCCCUCCUUCUUUUAAAGUAGUCCCACACUGAGACACACCUUAUUGCUUUAGAGACUAAGCAAACCCUGAACAAAUGUGACUUUCACAGGGACACGCAACAGAAUGGGAUUAUUCUAUGACUCUUCUUGGUCUGGUGUGGUUGAGAACAGAGCUGGCAGUUAAAUUUCAUGUCUGCUUGACAACAUAUGCAUCUUUUAUAUAUGUAGGUAUGCCUGUGUGCAUGCGUGCGUGUAUGCCUGCAAAUAUUGGCCCAACAGGACUGGCCAGGAACAGAUGGUAGAUGAGGUUGCUUGAAGGAGUGAUAAGUCCUUUCACCCAAUACUGGCAAUCCAGGGCAGCAGUUCCCAUGCUACUCUGUUUGGGAACCUCCAGGGCUAUGGCUCCUCUCUCAUUUCCAUAGCUAGGCUUACAGCCCUGCAUUUGGGUGCUCCUCUAACAACAUGCUGGUGGCUCCGAGUGACUUCAUUCAGCCAGGACCAACUAGGGUGCAUCUCUGGCUGUGCAAUGCAAGAGGCUGGAUGUGCAGCGGUCCCUCUGGUUUACAGGUUUCAUCAAACAGAAUCAGCUUGCCAGAUACCUCAACUUCGAGGGGCCAAGCUGAGGGCACAUGGGAAAGUGCCAGAGAGAAGCGGGGGAUCAGAGAGGAAAUGCUGCCAGCAACUCGCCCCCGUGCUGGGAGGUGUUCAUGCACAGGAAAUCAUCCAGAAGAAAUGAUAACAGUAACCAUGACAAUGUCAGCAGCACGGCACCAGGAGGGCUUCCUUGGGGAUUAACACUUUUCUGUACCAAGAGCGUAUCUCCCUUUUUCUGAUGUGCACUGUUGAUUCAGUGGUAGUCCAUGUUUGCUUUAUCUUUCUCAAAGCAGAGCUACCUGAGAAAUUGCUCUCUCUGCAAAUUGCUUAAGCAGGACUACUUGUAAAGUGAAAAUUUUUUUUUACAGAAAGUCUGUCCUAGCCCAUGCGCUUGUGGAGCACUUUGUGCCACUAUUCCACCCUAAUCCCCCUUCCUUGGAUGUCCCGAUUGUAGCCAGGAACUGCUGCUGACUAAAACCGGAGUUGUCUCAAUUCAAUGAGCACACUGCUGUUUCCUAAGGUGUGACUCAGAGACUUUUGGUUAGGUGUCAGCACGUCCUAUUUGCUAGAAAUAAAAUCAACAUUAAUUAAUUCUCCUUAUUUGUUUUGUAAGUUUUUGUCUUUUCCUGCUCCAGAUCACAAGUGAGGUGCACACAGAGCACAGCUCAGAGAGGUCAGUCAUGGCUGUGUCUGAGGACCUGCUUCUCACAGCAAGGGCUUUGCAGAGGGGUUGGUCACUGACAAGCAUGAUCCUAGUGGAAGAAGAAAGGCAAACUGUGUGGGGAAUCCCAGGGAAAGGGAGAGAAAGGCUGAGCUUAUGGCAAAGGACAGGGUAAACAUGAAACGCAGGAAGGAGAAAGAACAGAGAAAGAGACACAAGACGCAUAUCGCCAACCUCCCAGGGAAAGCGAAGGGACAGAAAACUCUUCCCCUUGGGUGCUGAGCAGCCUGGCAGGCUGGCAGGCCUUUCACACUGCCUGCUCAGUGCUCAGCCUCUCGUGCCCCUAUCAGCCAAGGAAAUUACUAUUUAUAUUGUUGUUAUUAUAACUAUUUUGUAGAGCUCAUAUUUAUCUGUCUGGGUCAAUAAAGAUCAAGCUGCAUCAAUGUUUACCCCUAGAAAGCACAACAGUGCUCUUUUAUGAUACAGGAGAUCGCAGUAAUGAGCACAAAGAGUAGUACUCCGCACCUGACAGGAUGACUGAUGUAAGGUGUCAGCCAAUAUUUGACUUUCCAGGUGAGAUUAGAUUUAGCAUUAAAUUUAAUAUAAACAUAAAGCGUGCAGUACAAGGCACUUAUUUAACAGACAAUUGCUUCUAGCCUUGUGCAGGCUGGAGGCUACUUAAAGUUUAGGAUAUCUCUGCUCCUUUCAAGAGUAUCAUCAUAUUAUCCAGUGGAGUUUUAAAAUCCUGAUUUUUACCGUGAACCUUAUUAGAGAAGGACACAGGAAAGGUAAGUUUCUGUUCGCAAUUCUUUAUUUCCUAUUGAAAAAGCACAGUGAUUUUUGUUCUGAAUCAAAGAAAAAGCAGAGAUAUUUUACACACAAAAAAAAAUGUCAAGGCAUUUUGUAUCUGGAUUUUCUUAUAGCUUGCUUACUUUCAUUAGAUUACCUUUAUCCCCUGAGUUUGAGUGUGUGUGAGUGUAUAAUUGCAGGGAGACCUACACGCACAUAUACCUGCGUCCUUCUGUGUGUCUGUGCCCGUUCUGUGCUCACAGAUAUCACAAGGCUAGUCCAACAAGCCGGGGAAGGUAGAUUGCUGAACUCAAGUUGGAAAGACUGCAAUUUCUUAUUAGCAAUGAAAACUCAGCACCCCUUACCACAGGCUGCAGUAAGCUCACCAUUGCUUGAAGACUGCACUGAGACCGAGUGACCUUCUGUGGAAGCUUUGCCCCAUGUCGUAGGGCUCGGUUUGCCUGAAGCAUUGAAGGGCGGGUGUUAUGCAGGACCAUCAGACUGAAAUCCUGUACUAGACCCUUUGAUUUUUGCAGGCUAGUAGGCUGCAAUGCAGUCACACCCUCCUCUUUAUGUAGGAAGGGCAGAAAAAGACACUGGCUUUUCUCAGAGCUUCUUGAGAGCUACUGCCUCCAUAGGGAAGGCAGUCUGCCUCGACCCCUGUAAAGUAGGUCAUGAGGGCCCAUGCUCACUGGCUUUCACCAAAGUGUAUCUGGUUUCCCACAGACCAGAAGUGACCUGAGUGAGGAGAGGAGUAAGACCUCCUUGGGUCUCUGAACAUAUCAAACCACUCAGAGAUGGGGAUUCUCAGCUGAUCUAAAAUCGGUACUACAUUUUCACUGGCAAGUGGCAGGUGUUAUUAUUUAGCUGUCGUAACGCAGACAAAAGAAACUAACAACUGUUUUAGUACAGAUAUUUGAUUAAGUGUCGUGUUGUCUUUAGUAACCGUAUCUUGCCAGGAUGGCUGAAAUGCGAAACUUCACUUGGGCGGUGGAAGAUAUUUUCAAGAAAAUCUUUCUCACUUACAUGAAUGGCUGGAGGAAAAACAUGACGGAAGCAGCAGAUAAAUUGCAAGCCAAGGUUGAUGCUGAAAACUUUGACUAUGUUAUCCUUUAUUUGAUGGUGAUGAUUGGGAUGUUCUCCUUCAUUAUUGUGGCGAUCUUGGUGAGUACUGUGAAAUCAAAGAGGCGAGAGCACUCCAAUGACCCCUAUCAUCAGUACAUCGUCGAGGACUGGGGUGAGAAGUAUAAAAGCCAGGUUCUGAAUCGAGAAGACCUCAAAUGUGUGAUCCAUGAAAACCUGGGUGCAAGGGACAAAACAAGCCCUGGAUCACCUUGACUUUUUGGAAACACCAGCAAUGAGGACAUCAUAAAGCCACAUGUAGGGAACUCACUGGAAUUACAGGUAGCUGUGAAACUGUUCAUUAAAUUAGCAGACAGGUCAAUGUGGAACCGGGUGCUGAGGAAAUCAACAUUACUGUUUCCCAUGAGGACUUUGGCAUAGCUGCUCAGGGAACACCCAAGAAAAAUGCAUGAUUGUGCUUUGCUUUGAUAUUCUGCUCUUCAGGAAAAUAAAACCAAGAGA